UGAAGUUUAUGGAUUUGAUAAUGGCAGUGGUGAUUCUAAAAUGAAAAACAGAAGAGUAAGUGAUCAAGUUAAACUUGUUUUCCUUAGAAUCAAAGCGGGGGUGUGUGUUUCAGACUCAGUUACAAGGAUGUCCUGAGCUGCAGUGGGAGUUAAUUCUUGUAGGUCCCACCAAUAUCUUUUUCUGGAGAAGAUUCUUCACGCGCAUGGCUGGAAACUAUAAUAAAUGACCCCCAAAAGCGAUGUGAUAAUAAAUCACUGUGAGAGAAUUGUUUUCUAAUUAAUUGUACUGUACUUUGUGUUCUCUUUUUAUGUGGUUGGGCUUCCUUCAUUAAACCAAACAGAAAACUCAAAACUUUCACUGAAAAAAAUCUUCUUCUGUUGAUGUUUUUUGUGUUUUGCUUCUUAUUGACCCAGUUUUAGAUUUGCUUCAGUGACUCUUACAUACCCAACUCAAGUUUUUCAAAGAAUCUUCAUAAAUUUACUGAUGUUAUUAUUGCCUUCAGCAUCAGAACUCUUUCAGAUCAACCAGAAAUGCUAGUUGACAAAAACAAAAUUUUGUUGACGAUGUUUCUGCGACUCGGACAGAUUGGGUUUUUGGAUACUGGCAAAAGCAAUCCUUCCUGGAAGUUCCUCUUUUUGUUUUUCAUCUUUACUGUACUAUUGUGUUUUGGUUCAUAAUACCAUUUGACAUUCGGAUUUACUAGUCUUUGGUAGAUGCAAAUUUGAAGAAUUAUCGAUAUGGAUGAUGGUACUUCUUCACCUAAUUCAAUGUUUGGAGCCCUCCCGGAUACUGCCAUGGAUUUGGAUUUCAUGGAUGAGCUCUUGUUGGAAGGAUGCUGGUUAGAGACCACAGAUACAUUCGACUUUUUACAGCCGGGUCCUUCAAGUUCCAGUGCUGUUCCACAGUUUUUGCCUUAUUCAGAGUCUAAUACUGGUUUGAAUAUAAACCUACAUCCUCAUCGACAAAUCUAUCAAGAACAAACAGAAAGGAAGUUCUGUGGAAAUCCUUCACUUGUUUUUCCAAAAACAGAAGAGCUUCAGGAAACUGAUUCUCAAAACCCUGCCGGUUUUGAGACUACUACUUCUGUUCAAUAUGGGAAUUUUCCUGUUGAUGGUCCUGAAUCAGGCAGAAGUUUGUGGAUUGCACCUAGUGCGAGUUCGAGUCCUUCUUCGUCAGUGAAGGACAGAUUAUUUCAGGCUAUUCUUUGUUUGAAAGAGUAUGUAAAAGAUAGGAAUGUCCUUGUGCAGAUAUGGGUGCCUGUAAGAACAGAGGGCAGACAUGUCCUUACUACUGUUGGCCAGCCAUAUUCUCUUGAUCCAAAUUGCAAGAGUCUUGAAAGUUACAGAAAUGUUUCAGAAGCCUAUCAGUUUGCAGCUGAUGAGGAUUCUAAGGAAUUGAUUGGGUUGCCUGGUCGAGUUUUCUUGCAGAAGUUGCCUGAAUGCACUCCUGAUGUUCGUUUUUUUGGAAGUGAUGAGUACCCACGGGUUGGUUAUGCACAACAGUAUGACGUUCAUGGAUCUCUUGCCCUUCCUGUUUUUGAACGAAGCAGUAGGACUUGCUUGGGUGUUGUUGAGAUUAUCACAACCAGUCAAAAGACUAAUUAUCGUCCCGAUCUUGAAAAUAUUUGCCAAGCUCUUGAGGCUGUUAAUCUUAGGAGUUCACAAAAUUUCAACAUGCCCUCUGCAAAGGAUCGCGGCAAGUCAUACCAUGCAAGAUUGCAUGAGAUAGCAGAAGUUUUAACUUCUGUCUGCCAGAGACAUAGUUUGCCUUUAGCUCUGACGUGGGUCUCAUGUGAUGGUGAAGGUGAAGGUGGAUAUGUGCAGUCUGAUGAGAAUUAUGCUCAUUUUUUUUUUACUGUGGAGUCUGCUUGCUUCGUGGCCAAUAAAAAACUAUCAGGCUUUCUUGAUGCAUGCUCUGAGCACCAGCUCCUUCAAGGCCAAGGACUAGUUGGCAAAGCAUUUUCAACAGGAAAACAGUGUUUUGCAGCUGACAUAACUGCAUUUAGCAAGUCAAAUUAUCCUCUCUCUCAUCAUGCUCGGUUAUUUGAUUUAUGUGCUGCUGUAGCAAUUCCACUACAGAGCACAAACACUGGACCGGUUGAAUAUGUCUUGGAAUUUUUCUUGCCAAAGGAAUGCCAGGACACUCAAGAGCAAAAAUGGAUGCUGAACUCGUUGGCUAUGUUUAUAGAAAAAUCUUGCCAGACUUUAAAUCUUUCCAUGGGCAACGAGCUGGAGGAAGUCAUAUUGCCCAUUAGGGAAACGGGAGUUGCUUCAGAUGUUUCUUCCCCUUCAAAAGAAACAUCUCCAGAACAGUCAUCGUGGGUUGCACACAUGAUAGAGGCCCAACAAAAGGGUAAGGGUGUCUCUGUCUCAUGGGAUUAUGAUAAAGACCCAAAAGAAGAGUUCAAGGUGACGACACAUUGGGAUGAUGCUCAGGCAGAAUCAUAUGAUAGGCAGGUUUUUCCAGAGCUUGGGCAAUUUCAACAGAACUCUGUGGCCAAAAGUAGUGUUGAGGGUGGUGGAGACUCUUCUUCCCUUGGUGGCCGUCGGUUGGAACGAAUCAAAAAGGCAGGAGAGAAGAGGCGGACCAAGACAGAGAAGACGAUCAGCUUGCAAGUUCUUCGACAAUAUUUUGCUGGGAGCCUUAAAGAUGCUGCUAAGAGUAUUGGCGUGUGCCCUACAACUCUGAAAAGGAUAUGCAGGCAACACGGGAUCACCCGUUGGCCUUCACGAAAGAUCAAGAAGGUAGGUCACUCUUUAAGGAAACUCCAACUUGUGAUUGAUUCAGUCCAAGGUGCUGAGGGUUCUAUUCAAAUUGGGUCCUUCUAUAAUAGCUUUCCAGAAUUGAACUCCCCAAACUUCUCUGGGAAUGAUCCUUUUUCAUCAGUGAAGACAAGUGACCAUUUGAAGCCUUUAAAUCCCCAACCUGACACUGGUUUAUUCAGGACGGGUGUUACUGUUUCAAAAUCCCCAUCCUCGUCAUGCAGUCAGAGCUCUGGUUCAAGCACUUGUUGUUCCACUGGAGCAAAACAGAAUAGCACUACUGUCAAUGCCUUGAGUAGUGGAGAUGCACUGAAUGUAGAAGACUCUGGUGGGAUGCUAAAGCGAGCUCGCAGUGAUGCAGAAUUAUACGCCUUGAAUCAGGAAGAACCAAAGCUUCUUGCAAGAUCACAAAGCCAUAAAAUAUUGGGUGAGCAUGUUAAUCUUGAGUCCCUACCUCCCUUGCCAAAAGGUCGAAACCACACUCCACGAGAUAGCAGUACCUUUAGAAUCAAGGCAACUUUCGGAGAAGAAAACAUACGGUUCAGCUUGCAACCAAACUGGCGGUUUAAAGAUGUCCAACAAGAGAUUGCAAAGCGUUUUAGUAUAGACGAUUUCAACAGAAUUGAUCUCAAGUAUCUGGAUGAUGAUCAUGAGUGGGUUCUUUUGACAUGCGAUGCCGACCUAGAGGAGUGUAUAGACAUAUAUAAAUCAUCUCAGAGCCACACAAUCAAGAUCUCCCUCCAUGUAGCUUCUCACCUGAGAUUAGGAAAGGUCGUGCAUAGCUCUGCACCGUCCUAGAAUAAUGGUUGAUUUCCUUUUGUUCACGGUGGCAAAAUUCAAAGAGUAUAUAUGGUUAGGAUGUUGUGGAGCUAGCAGCUUGUGAAAUGGUGGGAGAUCUUGUUAAAUUAUUAGUAGAUUAGGAAUUAUUUCACUUUCAUUUUAGCGUUAACAGCCAUGGAAUCUACUUUUUAUGGAUCAUUGGGUGUUUUGAAAGUAUUAAUAAACUGUAGAAACUAUGGGGAUCAGAAUAAGGAAUUUGCCUGCAUGUGAAUCAUGUAAUUGCCGAUGUUUGUUAGCUGGACAGAUAUUGGAUUAAGAGGAUUGAUGGUGUGGAUUAUCACACCUGCUUUCUUUAUUAUGUCUGUAUAUGAUUCUAAGGAUAUAAUACCUGAGGCUUGAAAGCUUCAAUGGUGCCCCAAAUUCACUGUAACUUUCCUUUUAAUAG